UUCGCGCCGCCGGGACCGCCCGGCCCAGUCUGUCUGUUGGGUUCGCGCGCCGCGCACCGCGCGUCUGCACCUUCGGCCGCCUCAGCCCCCUCGGGCGCCUCAGCCCCGCCGCCGCCGCCGCCGCAGGCUCGCCCUCCGCGCCGCUCGGUGCAGCCGCCCCGCGCGCCCCCCGUCCCUGCAGCCAGAUGAUGAACUUCCUGCGGCGCCGGCUGUCGGACAGCAGCUUCAUCGCCAACCUGCCCAAUGGCUACAUGACCGACCUGCAGCGGCCCGAGCCCCAGCAGCCACCUCCGCCGCCCCCCGGCCCGGGCGCGGCCGCGGCCUCGUCGGCGCCCGCGGCCGCCUCUCCCGGCCCGGAGCGGAGGCCGCCGCCGGCCCCCGCUCCCGCGCCGCAGCCCGCGCCUCCCGCGGCCUCGGCGCCGUCGAUGGGCAGCAGCUUCUUCAGCUCGCUGUCCCAAGCCGUGAAGCAGACGGCCGCGUCGGCCGGCCUGGUGGACGCGCCCGCGCCCGCGCCCGCCGCCGCCCGGAAAGCCAAGGUGCUGCUGGUCGUCGACGAGCCGCACACCGACUGGGCCAAGUGCUUCCGGGGCAAAAAAGUCCUUGGAGAUUAUGAUAUCAAAGUGGAACAGGCAGAAUUUUCAGAGCUCAACCUGGUGGCCCAUGCAGAUGGGACCUGUGCAGUGGAUAUGCAGGUACUCCGGAAUGGCACAAAGGUUGUCCGGUCCUUCCGGCCAGAUUUUGUGCUCAUCCGGCAGCAUGCAUUUGGCAUGGCGGAGAAUGAGGACUUCCGCCACCUGAUCAUUGGCAUGCAGUAUGCAGGCCUCCCCAGCAUCAACUCACUUGAAUCCAUUUACAACUUCUGUGACAAGCCAUGGGUGUUUGCCCAGCUGGUGGCCAUCUACAAGACAUUGGGAGGAGAAAAGUUCCCACUAAUUGAGCAGACAUACUACCCCAACCACAAAGAGAUGCUGACAUUGCCCACAUUCCCUGUGGUGGUGAAGAUUGGCCAUGCUCACUCAGGCAUGGGCAAGGUCAAAGUGGAAAACCACUACGACUUCCAGGACAUUGCUAGCGUGGUAGCCCUCACCCAGACCUACGCCACAGCAGAGCCUUUCAUUGACGCCAAGUAUGACAUCCGGGUCCAGAAGAUAGGCAACAAUUACAAGGCUUACAUGAGGACAUCGAUCUCAGGAAACUGGAAGACAAACACUGGCUCUGCAAUGCUGGAACAGAUCGCCAUGUCAGACAGGUACAAGCUGUGGGUAGAUACCUGCUCUGAGAUGUUUGGUGGCCUGGACAUCUGUGCUGUCAAAGCUGUGCAUGGCAAAGAUGGGAGAGACUACAUUUUUGAGGUCAUGGACUGCAGUAUGCCGCUAAUUGGGGAAUACCAGGUGGAGGACAAACAACUCAUCACCGAACUAGUCAUCAGCAAGAUGAACCAGCUGCUGUCUAGGACCCCUGUCCUGUCUCCUCAGAGACCCUUAACCACCCAGCAGCCACAGAGUGGAACACUUAAGGAUCCGGACUCGAGCAAGACCCCACCUCAGCGGCCAGCCCCCCAGGGGGCCCCUGGGCAACCCCAAGGAAUGCAACCCCCAGGCAAGGUGCUGCCUCCACGCCGACUCCCCCGUGGACCAUCAGUGCCACCUUCCUCCUCUUCCUCCUCCUCCUCUUCUUCCUCCUUCUCGGCUCCUCAGCUGCCGGGCGGCCCCACCACCCACGGAGAUGCACCCUCCAGCAGCAGCUCCCUGGCAGAGGCCCAGCCACCCCCGGCUGCUCCACCACAGAAGCCCCAGCCUCACCCACAGCUCAACAAGUCGCAGUCCCUGACAAAUGCCUUCAGCUUCUCUGAGUCCUCCUUCUUCCGGUCUUCAGCCAAUGAGGAUGAAGCCAAAGCAGAGACCAUCAGGAGCUUGAGGAAGUCCUUUGCCAGCCUCUUUUCAGAUUAGCUCUUCAGACACACGUGGGCACCUGGCCUAACCGGGAAAGGCAUCUGAGACAUUUGCCAACAACAGUCAGCCACGUUUGGUAGUGAUGUCCCAUGACCUUGACUUGUGUGGCCCCUUCCUCUGCUCCGUUGUGCUAAGUGAUGUGCAGCUCAGAAAGGAUCAUGUGAAGGUCUCAGGGCAGGUGCCUAAUCAGCGAAGGGCACCUGACAUCAGAGAGAAUAGAGCUGUUUUUCUGUAGUUGUGAGAACAUUCUCUGAGGUCAUCGUUUGGUGUGAGUUUAGUGGCCUUAUUGUGACAGCGCCAUCAUGUCUUAUUCUUCCUUGUGAAACCAGGACUCCCUUCAUUGAGGACUCCUGGUAGCUUAACCUAACUCAGAUGCAGUGCUAAGCAUGCCCCCCUUCCUUUAGUCAGUGCUGACUAUGUGGGAAAUAUAUACUUAACCCAAAAUAUUCUUGGUGUUAGGAACUUACCCACACCUGGAUCCCUUGUCAGACACACCUGAUUAGCUGUUGAAAACACACCUGCCCAGCACAUGCGAUUCCUUGACUGCUGUCAUAGUGAAGCACCUUUAGUCUACUGAUACUGGAGAGAACAAGGAUCUGCAGUUCUCUCCUUUCCCUCUCUGGAGUGCAGUUCUUUUGUGUGUGCUGCAGUGAUCUUGAGCUCCGAAGCUGCACUGUGGAGAAUGCAUGACACUGUAACAGCAGUAUACCAAGUUUUGUGUUCAUCUCAAAAUAAAUGUUAAGACAUUUGGUGUAAUAAAAGCAGCAGCAUUAACCAGCA